AUCCAUUCUCCCUUCUGACUCAGCCAAAUCCUACAGGCAGACUCUUCAAAAUGAUAUUCCUUUAGUCACAUGACCCAUCCGCUCAGCCAAUGAGAGCGCGGGGCUCAGAUUUCAGCCCAGGAGGAGACAGCCAGCCACUAAUCUGUGUUUCAGAACAGGGGGUUGUAAAACAAGGAAUCUCCUGUACUGCAGGCAUUUCCCUGAGAGAAUGGGGGCUGGAGCGCUCACCAUCUGUCAGAACAAGGCUGCGGUACAGAUCAAGCAAGACAUGAAGAAGAUGGUCCAGUUGCCCAUGCUGAGGGGGACCUCCAGGGGACCUCGAGGAGUGGAGGCCAGGGGCGGUAGGCUGUUCGGCGUGUCCCUGCUGGAGCUCAGGGAGCUGGGCCUCGUGAAGGAUGGUGUGCCCCUGGUGGUGUGGAGCAUGGUAGAGUUCCUACGAGAACAUGCUCUUCAUCAUGAGGGUCUGUUCAGGGUCAACGGUAAUGUGCGGGCUGUGGAGGGGCUGAAACAGCGGCUGGAGAACGGUGAGGACGUGGACUUCCUGGUUGAGGUGGAUGUGUGUACAGUGGCCAGCUUGUUCAAACAGUACCUCAGGGACCUGCCAGAAGGCCUGGUAGACUCCACCGUACAGCCUGCCCUUAUAAAGCAGCACCAGG